AUGACUAUCAUUGACCAAAGGAUUGAGGGUCGAUUUGACAGUCCUUUGCAUUUGACGGGUUAUUUCUUGAAUCCUUACUAUUUAUACAAGGAUCAAACCAUUCCAUUACAUAACAUUGUGCUCACAAGCUUUUUCAAGUGUGUCAGUGCUUUUAUUGCCGACGACCUUUCGAAGCAAUGCAACGUCAUCAAUUCUGAGAUUAAUAAGUACAAGAACAAGGAAGAUAAUUUUGGGACACCAUGGGUUGUAAAAGGCUGUGAAGAAUUUAAAGAUAAUUAUGAUCCAUUUGAAUGGUGGAACACUUACGGGACGUCAGUGCCUAAUUUGCAAAGAAUGGCAAAGAGAAUUUUGUCGUUGACUACUAGUUCAUCAGGAUGUGAAAGAGCUUGGAGUUCUUUUGAAGGGAUACAUACAAAAAAGCGAAACUGGCUUAGUACAAGUAGAAUGAAUAAUCUUGUAUUUGUCCAAUUUAAUACAAGAUUGUUGAACAAAACAAAAAAACAGAAGGAGAAGAACAUUGAUAUAUUGCUGGCUGAUGAUGCUACUCAUGCUCAAGAAUGGCUUGUUGAAGGUGAUGAUGGAGAGCAUGAAUCAGCUAUGGGUGUAGGAGCUGGUGAUACAGAAGGAGCAGCAGAUGAUGAUGAUAUGGCUGAUAUUAGAGAACUGCGUGAUGAAGAUUUUAUUUCUGAUACUGAAGAGGAAGAUUUUGCUGGUACUAAUUUGGAAUCAGAUGAAGACCAAGUUCCAAACAUGUACGGUGAAGAAGAAUAUGAUGAUUAA